CUUGAGAGAUGACAUAACCCGUGUUUUUGUUUGUUGCUCUAACGCGAGUUGCACAUUUAGAAUUAUUCGUGAAAUAAAUUAUCCAAUCAGUCGGCUGGAAUGGUUUUUACGACGGUGGUUAAUUUCGUGCGUGCCCGUGGACCGGAUGAGUUUUGGAGAAAACGGAAAAUCUUCAAACUGGCUGCGCAUUACAUAGGACGCCCCCGAAAUUGUUACUCGAUCACUAUUCGAAGUGUGCAUCGUGCACUAGCGUAUGCAACGAAAGGUCGAGCGCUGAAAAAACAAGACAUGCGUGAACUCUGGACACAGCGUAUCAACGCCGGUUGCGAACAGCAUGGCAUGCAGUACCGAACCUUUCAAGACGGUUUAUACCGAAACGAUGUCCUAUUGAAUCGAAAAGUGCUGGCUGAUCUCGCCAUUUGGGAACCGAGAACCUUUGAAGCGCUCGCGAUAAUUAGUCAAAACGUUCCCGAUAGUGACGAAGAUGGCUCGUCGAAUAAAUGAUCUACUCGUAAUAAAACUGGUGCGAUUGAUCAUCAUGCCCUUGUUUAUAGAUUAGUGACACAUGAAAAGAUGAAGAAUAAAUCGAAUAUGAAUUUGUUUUAUUUCGUAUUUAGGACCAGCUAGUACACCUCAAA